AUGGUCUUCUGCACAUAUUGUGGACAGUCGUUCACCAGAGACGAGCAUCUGGAACGUCACAUCCUUACUCACACCAAUGUAAAGCCAUUCAAGUGCUUUACCUGCCAUAUGAGCUUCGCUCGACGAGACCUUUUGCAGAGGCAUUAUACCGUCCACGGCCGUAACCAAAAUAACGAAGAAGGUCUUCCACCGCAAGGGAUAAUACCCAAGUCAGCCGGCCGCACACCCAUUGCCUGCAGCAACUGUGCAAAGACGAAGACCAAGUGCGAUAAGAAAUUCCCUUGCACCCGAUGUGCUCAGCGAAACUUGAAAUGCACACUGCGUCCCACCAGGCGGGCGUCCAAAGGCGUCCAGCGGGUGGGUGGUCCUGCUGAAGCUACCAGUGGUGACUCCAGUGAAAGCGGCAGCACCACCGAGAACCAAAACAAUUCUGGCAACACUUCUCCCAACCAUGAAUCUCAAUCUCAACCGCAAUCACAACAACCGACUGCCCAGUCUUCUCCUGCUCAGAUCCAUCAACAACCUCAGCUAUCCAAUGGCCAGCCUUCAUCUCAACGGCAAUCUCAAUCUCCAUCAGCAUCUCACUCACGAAACCCGUCAAUUUCCCAGUCAGUUCAGGCGCCAUCACACAUCAGCCCUGAGGAGAAGACUCUCCAUCUACCACUUACCAACACACCGCCAUUCUUCGAUCAGUCACCCUCACACGCACUCUCCCAAGCGCCUUCUCUUCUCUCGCCAUUGCCCACGCCAGUCACUGGCAUGAAUAGCUUUGUCUCUUCAACGCCCAUGUCUGGAUACGACGACUUCGUACGGACAGUACGAGACCAGGGUGAUAACGAGAGCCCACAGUUCAUGAUGGAUCCAUGGCACAACAUGCCCAUGGAUACUGGUUUCGACCCCAUGAGACUAGAUCCAUCACUAAUGAUGUCAAUGGGCAUGGACAUGUCCAUGGGUCCUCCACCAGAAGGCAUCCUUGGGAUGAUACCCGAAAUGUCGCCGGCACAAACAUUCGCCCACGCACCAACACCUCGAGUAGACGAAUCCUUUUCAGACCUCCAAAUCGGUAGUUCUGCCGCAAUGUUCUACCCAUCAAAUAGACAAUCUUCCAUAGCAGAUGCAGGCGUCCCUGACCUGGGUGCAAUCAUCGCCGCCCAAGAUGGCUGGACCGUGUUCCGUUGUACUCCCUCCAUUGCCUCGAGUUCCUGCCCGCGCACUGCGAGGUUAAAUCUUGAGCGUCUGGAGCUGAGCCUGAAGAACCACGAAGCGUGGAGUAGUUGGACCCCUUCAUGGGAUGAAUCCGACUUUCAGCAAGGAGGACGCAUAGCAGUGUCCAAGUUGCAAGAGUCGACGCGUGACAAGCUGCUCGCCAUCACUCAAAGCUUCCUCCACAAGGCUCUUGACAUCCACAAAGAAGGGAGCAGCACCACGAGUAGCGGUGAGUCCCCUGGCUCAACCGCCUCCCACUCCAACUUUGUUCUUCUGCCACCUGCUCGCGUCCUAGAGUACUUCCUCAAGUCAUAUGCCAACUCUUUCGAACGUUACUAUCCCACCUCUGCGAGGGGCGUGCUGGAUACGAAUGAGCUGAUGCAAAAUUACAAUGACAAGGCAUCAAGUUUGCUCAUUCUCAUGAUGAUUGCACAGGGUGCCAUGACGAUUCCAUCGAUAGAAGCAAGGUGGUUGACUGGUGGAUUUACCGAAGCCUGUCGCAUAUCACUCUUCGAUCUCAUUGAGAAGAAUAUCAUCAUGGCCGGCGAUCCCAUUGUGUUGCGUGCAGCCCUUCUCUUCACUGUUCAAGCGGCGUGGAGUGGCGACAAGUGGCAGAUGGACAUUGCCAUGGGACAGCGCGGUAUGUAUUUCUCGAUGCUGCGACAUUCUGGUAUUCUGGAUGUUCGCCCGCCAUCAACGCCUCAUAUGAAUGGAACAUCAACGACGGACUCGCUGUGGAAGGACUGGCUUCAGCAGGAAAGCCGCAGCCGCCUCAUCUAUUCCUGGGUCAUGGUCGACCAAGACCUCUCACUCUUCCAUGACACAGCGCCGCUGUUCUCAGUCACCGAGUUUGGCGCUUCCAUGCCAGAUUCCGAUCGUCUGUGGCAAGCGCAGACUGCUUCAGAGUGGUCCGACAUGUUCAAUCAAGUACAUGAGUUCUCCAACGGCUACUCAUCCGUAGGCUCAGGAGCGAGGCCACCGAGUCUCCGAGAUCUUUUCCGCUACUUCCUGGAUGACGAGAUUGUUGUCCAAGACGUGCAGGAGAUCCACCUUACACCCAUGCACUUGCGCCUGCUGCUGCAUCCCCUGCAGACCCUUGUAUGCCAGUACUGCCAACUCCUCAGCUGCUUCUCUGAUAGCGUAGCAUCGCGAUCGCGCAAUCGGGCCCUCACUGCAGCAUCGACACGCGUGCGCCUGGAAGAAGUGCAAGCGCUGCUGGGUCGCUGGUUCGAUCUCGCCCAGCGGUACAUGAAGGCUAACCCAAUCUGCCCCAUGAUGCAAGCCAACCUCGUCAUGUUCCACCUCAUCAGCAUGAAUGCUGUUUCCAACUUUCCAGAAAUAGAGCGUCUUGCGCGUCGCGAAGGCAUCGAUGGCUCGUACCAGCAGAUGGUCUGGAUGCAUAAGAAGUGUUUAUCAGAUGUCCAAGAAGCCAUCACGCACGCUGGCCAAGUCCUCCGUCUGAUCCGCGACAUGCCACGAGGCAUCCGCCCUCCAUGGUGGGCAGGCGCCGUAUACCGCGCUGCCCUCAUUGUCUGGACCGACUCUCUGAACCAGAAAGAAUCGCUGAGUCCCAACCAGCAAAAUGCGUAUCAGCAACAACCGCCCAAUGCUGCAUUCUCAGUUGAUCGUCUUCCUGCCGAUCAUCCUACCAUACUGCGAUACAUGUCGCGAAGAGAUGGUAUUCCUACUCUUACCAAGCGUGACGGUACACCUGUUCCUCUGGACAACGGUUUCGCUGUCCUCUCGCAUUGUGUUGAUGUUAUUGAUGAGGGUGUCGCUACUAGAUUUUCCGACGGCAUCCGUAGCAAGCUGCAGAAGCUUGCGCGCGGUUAG